UAGCGGAGAAAAAAAAGAUGUUUUUUUUUUUAUUGGGGUUAUUCUUGGUGGUUCGAUAAAUUGGGCAGUGUAUUUUUCAAUUAAAAAAGGGGACCACUGCAGUAAUUAUUGAUUUAUUCCAGGCCAAACCAAUGCAUAUUUCUAGAAAAAUUGUGUGAGCGAGCAAGGUGGUGCCGAAAAUAAUUUUCAUCUCCACAAAGGGGGCGCUAAAAAAAAUGGGGUAACCACUGCUUUAAAACAAAUGAAGCAGGUUAACAAUCCGGAGUUAAGUUUCUGUUGUUAUAGACUGACUGUGUUAUGUAGUACGAUCGCUUUUACUGUUUAAAAAGUGGAACUCACCGCAAAGAUUUGGAAUGAAAAUGAAGUGUCAACAUGGUUCACUGUCAAAUUUGUUUAGCUAUACUUCGCAUGCGCUGUUGUGAAUUAUGUUUUCCCUCGUUAGUGACUUACAGGCAAAACUGCACAAGCUGCCCGAUAAAAAUAUCGUUACCAGUUUAAAUGUCUAUCUUCUAUAGCCAGUGAUAUUUUAGUAAUUACUACGACAUUUAAGUACUACAGUAUUUGUGUACUUGGAGGCGGCGACGUGAAGUCGUCGCGCCUGACAGACAACAACCGCGGAGUAGCUCCUAGUGUAUUUCAAGAUGGCUGACAGUGUGUCCGUCCCAGGCAAAAGAUGCGAUUCUGGCAGUCUAUCUUCUAUAAGUAUGGACACAAUUUCGACGCUGACGGAGCUGGACGACCUGGAGAGAGUUUAUCAGCAGCUCUGUGUUGAAGAGAAAGCUGUGGAGGUUGAACUCGACCGACUGGUGGGACAGGAGGGAACCAUUAACACUAAGAUGUUGGCACUCCAGAGGAUGGGGCCCAACCUACAGUUGAUCGGAGGAGAUGCCAGCCAGCUGUCCGGCAUGAUCACGUUUACCUGCAGCCUAGCAGAGAACGUCAGCCGGAAAGUCCGACAGCUAGACCUGGCCAAGACACGACUGUACAACGUUAUCCAGCGUGCUGAUGACAUCCUGGAUCUGAAGUUCUGCACCGACGGCGUCCAGACGGCUCUGCAUAAUGAAGAUUACGAGCAGGCCGCUGCGCACGUUCACAGAUACCUUUCUCUGGACCAGUCAGUCAUUGAGCUGAGCAGGCAGGGAGAAGAAAGCAGCACCGUGGAUGCCAGUCUGCUGCUGCUGCAGGAGGCCGAGCAGAAACUGAAGGUCAUCGUAGCUGACAAGUUGGAUGAAGCUGUGGCAGCGGUGGACCUGGCACAGGUGGAGAGGUUUUUCAAGAUCUUCCCCUUGCUGGGCCUGCACGAGCAAGGCCUGGCCCGCUUUGGACAGUAUCUCUGCAGUCAGCUUGCCUCCAAAGCUGAAGAGAACCUGGUCUUGGCAACAGGAGGAGACUUGAGCGAAAAAAGAGCACCACUCAUAUUUGCUGAUACGCUGACAUUAUUGCUAGAAGGCAUCGCUCGUGUCGUCGAGACCCAUCAGCCUAUCGUGGAGACGUAUUACGGUCCGGGCCACCUCUACACGCUCAUCACUCACCUGCAGCAGGAAUGUGACCGACAGUCCCAGAAGAUCGUGGACAAGUUCAUGCAGCAAAGAGGCUACCUCGGCAAAUUUCAGAUUGUCCAGAGCAGCAUGAUGAAAAGUGUACCCGGGGAGAGGAUCGAGCCCAGAGAGCUCGACCCGGUAUUGGCAGAAGUCACGUUGAUGAACGCGAGGGCGGAGCUCUACCUGCGCUUUCUGCGCCGACGCAUAAUGGCCGACUUCGAAGUCGGCGACGGUCAGAGCAUCACGGCGGAACAUCACCAGAACGUGGAGAAGCUGCUGAAACAUUGCGUGCUGAGCAGGAACAUGCAGGAGCUGAUUGGCUACUACAUUCCAAUGGAGGAGUACUACAUGCGCGAGUCUGUCAACAAGGCGGUUACAAUGGACACAUUUGAAAAAAGUCAGCUGACGUCCAGCAUGGUGGAUGACUGCUUCUACAUCGUAAAGAAGUGCAUCAGCCGCGCUCUGUCCAGCUCCAGCAUCGACUGCCUUUGCGCAAUGAUCAACCACGCCAACUCCGUGCUGGAAUCCGACUUUAGGGAAGUGUUGUACAACAAGCUGCGGCAGGGCUUCCCGGCCACCACGCUGCAGGACAUCCAGCGUGGCGUCAGCAGCGCGGUCAGCCUGAUGCAGAGCAGCCUCCAGCAGGGAAAGUUCAACACCGAGUUCAGCAUCGAGAGCGCCGAAAAUGCCAAGGCUGCUUUUUUGGUGACUCUCAACAAUGCCGAGGUGUGCAGUGAGAACAUCUCAACUUUGAAGAGGAACCUCGAGAAUGACUGCGCCAAGCUGUUUAGCCAGGGGUCCAGUUCCGGUGACAGGGCCAAGAUCGAGAGCUGCUUGUCAGACCUUGUCAACACAUCUGCAAAGUUUAAAGACCUUUUGCAGGAAGGCUUAACGGAGUUGAACACGACAGCCAUCAAGCCUCAGGUCAAACCCUGGAUCAGCGGCUUCCUGUCCAUCUCGCACAAUAUAGAGGAGGAGGAGUUCAAUGACUACGAAGCAAACGACCCGUGGGUGCAGCAGCUUAUCGUCAAUUUGGAGCAGCUGAUGGCCGAGUUCAAGACAACGCUCUCUCCGGUUAUCUACGACACGCUGACCAGCCUGAUGACCAGUUUGAUCUCCAUCGAGAUGGAGAAGACCGUCCUCAAGUGCUCAUUCAGCAGGCUGGGAGGGCUGCAGUUUGAUAAAGAACUGCGUUCCCUGGUCGCAUAUCUCACCACCGUGACCACGUGGACCAUCAGGGACAAGUUCGCCCGUCUCACGCAGAUGGCCACCAUCCUCAACCUGGAGCGGGUAACGGAGAUCUUGGACUACUGGGGCCCCAACUCGGGCCCCCUGACGUGGCGUUUGACGCCGGCAGAGGUGCGCCAGGUUCUCGCUCUGCGCAUUGACUUUCGAAGCGAGGAUAUCAAGAGGCUGCGGCUGUGAUGAAUUUUACAAAGACAGUCCAAAAAAAAAAAAAACAAGUUUACUGAUCAAACUUGUUGUUGUUCGACAUUUGUUGCACUUUCGGGUGUUAUAGAAUGAAGGACUCUCACCUGCAAGUCACCCUAUAGAAUAUUACUUGAAUAAAACUAUG